AUGAAACGUAAACGAAAUGAAUCAACAAUAAUAUCAAAUAAAGUAUUAUGUUUACAAAAUGGUUCCAAUGUUGAAGUACAACUUGAUGAUGGAAAAUGGCAUUCAGGCAUUAUUAUACAAUGUCAACCAAGAAAAUAUCUUGUCCAAGUUGAACAACAACAGUAUUGGAUUGAUUUUGAUCUUAUAAGACCUAACACAAUUAUUGAUCAGAAACGUAAUGUACCAUUUGAAUAUCGUCCCGGUCAAUUUCUUCGUAAUGAAAUAAAAUCGACAACUAAAAUAGUAUCUGAUGAAAAAGUGUUAUCAUCUCCUCCUGAUUCUUCACAAAUAGAAUCUUCGAAUAUUUCGAAAAAACAACGUUUGCCUCGAACAACAAGUACAAAUACUGAACAAAAAAAAUCACCAUUUGUUUGGAAACCAAGUACAAAUUCAACUAUUCAGACACGUCGAUCAUCAAAAAGUAAUCAUUCACCUGUAAUUUCUCCUGAAGAUAAUGUUCAUGUUGAUAAUCAUUGUCGACCACGUGCAUUAUCGAAUGCAAAUCAACCAGUAACAACAGCAUCGAACAGUGUUAAAACUUCUCCAGAAAUUCCGUCAUCUGAAGUUUUAAUUUUUCGACCAGUUAUUCGCUUCGUUGAAUCGGAUACUAAUGGAAAACAAUCUGAUAAUACGACAUCACCAAAACGUCAUUGUUCUACUGAUGAUGAAAAUUUUCUAAAACCUGAAGAUGAUCCUUCAAGAACAACUCAUCGUAAUUCAAAAGAUGAUGAUUAUACUGAAUCAAUAACAAAUUCUGAUCUUAUUUAUCAUAUAAGUGCUUCAACUGAUAGUCGUUCAUCAUCAACUACAAGUACAGAUAAUCCAUAUCUUGUUAAUCAAUAUGAUUCAAUUCCACUAGCAAUUGAACAACAAAUAAAAAAUGAAACAAAAUCAUCAUGUUUUCUUGAAACUCCUCCUCCAUCGUUACCUGAUAUUCAUUUAACACAAGAAUCGGAAUCUUUAUCAGAUAAACCAUUACAACAAUUAAAAUCUAAACGUAAACAAGAUCGACCACAACGUAAACAAAUCUAUUUGAAAUCUCAAGACCAAGGUCAACAAUUAAAUGGUGUCCUUGAUCGUUUAUUAUUAAAACAAAAAGAUAGUGAUGAUUUAUCUAAAACAUCCAAUGAUUUAUGUGAUCCUGGUUAUUUAUCUGAUGAAUAUAGUGAACCAAUAUCAUCAAAUAAAGAUUUAUUAACACAUACAGAUUUAGAAAAUCUUUACGAACGUUUAGAACAAUUAACACCUGAACAAACAAAUAAUAUUUUAUUAAAUGAAAAUGAUAAAAUUCUUUCCGAACAAUUGCAAACAUAUCUUUUUAAUAAUAAUGAACAUUAUGAAAAAAUUGAAAAAUAUCGUUUAGAAUAUUAUAAUAAUGAAAAUAAUCAACGUAUACGUUUAAUAUCAAAUAUAUUACAAAGAAUAUUUUCAAUAUUUUAUAAUCAAAAUUUUUUAAAUUUAUUUCAUUAUGUUUCGGAUGAAAUAAAAACACAUAUUAAAUUAUGUUUAAAUAAUGUUCUUAAUGAAAAUUUAACAAAGAAAAAAAUUAUUACAAGAGGUAAACGUUUAGUUAGUUUUGGACAAAAACAAUGUCGAAAUAUUAAAACAAAACGAUCAUCAAUUAGUAAUAUGACAAAUACAAUAUCAAAUAUAAAUGAUAAUUUAAACAUUAAUGAACAACAAAUGUUAUUAUCACCGUCUAGUCCACUUACACCUAUAUCAUCAAAAAUUCCUGAACAACAAUCGAUUGAAGAUUUGUUAUCUCCAAAUAAUAAUAAUAUUAUUAAUUCCGGUGUUAUGGAAGAAAUACCUGUUCUACCGAAAGAACGUGAUGUAUAUGAAGUUAUUCAUUGUUUAUGUAAUUGUGAAAUUGAUAAUGGUUUUAUGAUUCAAUGUGAGACGUGUUUAUGCUGGUCGCAUUGCGAAUGUGUUGGUGUGACAGCAACUUGUAUACCAGCUUUUUUUAAAUGUAGUAUAUGCACAAAAGCUGAAAGUGAGCGUACACCACAAUGGUCUCUUUCAUCGAUAUUCGAUGAUGAAGCUACAACACUAUUUUUGACAACAUCAAAUAAUUCAGAAAAAAUUUCACUUUUCUUAUCGUAUUCUCGACGCUUAUGGAAUCUAAGAGAACAAAUGAUUGAAUUAAAAUUACGUUAUACACCAAUGUUAAGAUCGUUACAGCAUGUUUUAAGAUGUGAUGAUAUAAUUGAACUUUAUAAUUAUGCUAAAAUACAGUCCGAUGAAUUAAUGACUAAAAUUGAGAGAAGACAAAACAAUCGUCAAAAUCUAGAAUGUAUCUCUCAGACAAUUGAUCAUAUUGUUGAUUCUGUUUGUUCAUCAUUAUCAACUUCAUCAUGUUUAUGUAUUGAAUUAACAACAAAAACUCCACCUAAAAAUCAUUCAUUAAAUGAUCAAAUGAAUAUAUUAAUAACUCAUUUAUGUGAUGAUGAAGAUACUCGACAAAUUCGUUUAUCGAUUCAAAAUCGUUAUGAACAAUUAAUGUCCAUAGUUGACAAUAAAAUCCAAACAAUUCUACUGGAACAUCAAACUGUUGAAACUCAAAUGGCAUUUGAACUUGGGAUUCUUCCAAAUAAUUCAUCGCAUAAUUAUCUAUCUUAUGAUUCACAUGAAUUAGCAUUAAGAACAGCUAUUGAACGACUAAAAUGUUGA